AUGGAAACACCGCCCACACGAAUUUUGCCAAAACAGCAGCACAAGUACUGACGGGUGUCAUUUGCAGUUUCACGGAGAGAUUCGUUCGAACGGGAGUGAUUUGGGCAGAAACCGCGAGGUAAUCAGAUUUAAAGAAGGAUCGUACAGUGAUGGCCACAACUGGAAAUGAUUCUUGGCAAACAAAUCCAUCUAGGACCUAUCAACCUGGAGCCUUACCACCUGAGGCAGGUCCUUCAGGAGCUUGUCCCCCUGAGAAUUACGUCCCUGGAGCCUGUCCACCUGGAAUCUAUUAUGGCCCUCAGUUUCCUCAUGAAGGCAAAGCAGAAAAUAAUGUUCAUGUGAUGCCAAUGCCAGUCGGCAUCCCAAAUUGCCCACCAGGCCUGGAGUAUCUCACACAGAUCGAUCAGCUCCUAGUUCAUCAGCAGGUGGAAUUGCUGGAAGCCUUAACUGGAUUUGAGACCAACAACAAAUUCCAAAUUAAGAAUAGUCUGGGACAGCAGAUCUACUUUGCUGCAGAAGAGAACGACUUCUGCACUCGGAACUGCUGUGGAAAUCUGCGCCCCUUUGACAUGAAGAUCGUUAACACAUUUGGGCAACCAGUCAUGAGUCUGUACCGGCCCUUGAAAUGUACUGGCUGUUGUUGUCCCUGUUGUCUGCAGGAGAUAGAAAUAAUGGCACCGCCUAAUCAAACUAUUGGAUAUGUCAUUGAAAACUGGCAUCCAUUCCUGCCAAAAUUCACAGUUCAGAAUGAGAAUAGAGAGCCUGUUCUGAAGAUCGGAGGCCCUUUCUGUGCCUGUGGCUGUGGUGACGUUGAUUUCCAGGUUACAAACCUUGAUGAAACAGAAUCAGUUGGCAAAAUCACUAAGCAGUGGACUGGAUUACUGAAAGAAAUGUUCACAGACGCAGAUAACUUUGGGAUCCAAUUCCCCAUUGAUCUAGAUGUGAAAGUGAAAGCAGUUUUGCUAGCUGCCACCUUCUUAAUUGAUUUUUUGUACUUUGAGAGAAGCAAUUAAUGAACAAAGAUUUUUCAAACCAUGAAACAAUCUUUGCUGGAUUGAAACAGAUUGCAAAGAUAAUACCAAUUCUCCCACAUCGUAUGAGUAAUGUGAAUCACUGAUAUGAAACUGAACAAGUCAGUUGAAAUGUAUCCAACUUGUCUGAUGGAUUCUGUAAAAUUAGGUAGAAUUUCAGGGAGCGGUCUGCAGCACACAAUAUUCCCAAGUGCCUUUAAGCAGGAGUGUGGAGAAAUAGAAAACUUGCCUUUUAGUUCUUCUCAAGGAUCAACUUUGAUAUGCUAACAAAACUAUGAUAAAUUGCACUAUUUUCUCUCUUGAGCUAUUCCAAGAAAGUAUACACAAAAAUACAAUAUUCAGAACUAUGCACAAGUCUUAGGCACAUAUAUACACCUAGCGUGCCUAAGACUUUUGCACAAUACUUUAUGUAUUUCUAUUUGUGGAAUUUCAGAAUAUUGUAUAUUUUCAAAUAUAAUAAAGCCAUGAAAAGUAUGUAAAAUGUGGAGUAAAUUUGCUUAUCGCCAGCUUUUUGUCUAAGUAACUUGCCUCAAUGAUUAUGAAUUGUAUGAUAAUGCCUGUUCUAAACUAUUUUCUUACCUUGCCUAGGAGAUUUAGUAACUUAAUAAAUAUCAG